UACUUGGAGAGAAAGCAUUGAGUGACUACCACUGUUAACAAAGUAUCUCUGCUCUGCGAUUUUACAGUUUCUUUCUCCUUUUGUUUAUCAGCAAUCCUUUUCAAUCUCAUUCUUUUCAAUGGCAUUGGGGUUUCAAGAACAAGACACUAUUACAACAAGAAACCGCAGAGUAAGCAAAACAAUUAAGUUUUCUAAUCAUGAAAGAGUAGAGGUAAGGAGUGUGGAAGAAGGGUUUAAAGGUUCAUGGCACCCAGGAACUGUUAUUGAUCAUUUUAAAAAUGGCUGGGAUCUCAAAUAUGUUGUCAAAUACGAUCGUAUACUUGUGGAUGAUGGGUCUGACCAUUUUAUCGAUGGUGUGCAUGUUUCACAGCUUGUGGAUGAGAAUGAUCAUACCACUGCUAACCUGUGUGAUUAUCGUGGUCGCAUUAGGCCGUUACCACCCCCACUUCAGUUUGGCAAAUGGGACCUCCAUUAUGGAAUGUGUGUGGAUGUGUGUUACAAUGAAGGUUGGUGGGAAGGUGUGGUUUUCGAUCAUGAAGAUGGUUCAGAGGAGAGGAAGAUCUUUUUCCCCGAUUUGGGUGAUGAAAUGAUGGCUCCCAUUGAUGAUAUAAGGAUUACUCAGGACUGGAGUGAGGUCACAGGAACUUGGCAGAGUCGUGGGAAAUGGUUGUUUCUUGAGGUUAUUGAGGAAAAUGAGCAAGAACACUAUGUUCCUAUUUCUACAAAGCAACUUUGGUAUGAUUUGCGAGAGAAAGACAAUUUUAAUAAGCUUGGCGAGUGGAUUUCUUCUGAUAAAGAUUUGUGGAAAAAUUUAGUGUCAGAGGCAAUUGGUGAUAACCUUGAAGUUGCUAUGAAUCAUCUUUUCCAGGUAAUAGGCCUUCCAGAAGAUGUACAGAGGCUGUUGGAGUCUGUGAAACCUUUAAAUCAUAUUAAUACAAAUCCUGAAGCAGAUUUGGCCCAAAAUCAUCAUAUGCCACUUGUUCAAAACACAUUAAAUCGCAACAUGUUCUACCCCAAAUCUUCUAGCGUGCAUUCUGUUAAAGAAAGGUCUAAUGUGCACCAAGUAGAAUGUCUUUCAUUGAAUGAUCGGUUAGCUAUGAGUCUUCUGACUGAAUCAAAUGUAUCCUGCUAUGAAAAAACAGCAUGUGUGUUACCUCAGGGUUCAUCAGUUUUGCCUUCUAAACAGGAUGGAAUUUUUGUUGCUAAUUCUAGAAGCAUUGAGGAAGGUUUUUCCAGUUACAAUGGCAAUAAAAUUAAUGGAAGUUCAAGAUGCAGAAAAUCCAGUUGGCUACCUGCUGGGCCAGACCUGGUUCCUGGAGCUGAAUUUUGCCCAGAUGCUAUUACAAAAUAUGUAAAUAUGUGUGGAAAAAGGCCUCAAAGUUCAUAUCUGCGUGUUGAUGUUAGGAAGCAUCUUGCGUAUCUGAAGUGGAAAAUUGAGUACUUGAGAGAAAGAAUGAUUAGACUUCGUUACAUCUCACCUGAUGGGAAGGUCUUCUACUCUCUUCGUGAGGUCUGUUUAAAUUUGACUAAAUCUCAUGCAGAUAUUCUUUCCUUAAUGUCCCAAGAUAAGGAUACAAAUCUGUUUAAUUGUCCAGCUAAUUCGCCUUCUCUUCUUAUUGAACAACCACCAGAGACUCAGGAAUAUGGUGUUUCUUCUCAGUCAGAUAUAGUUGCUAUCAAACCUGAAUAUUGCCCUGAAGCAGCUGUGGACUGGUAUAAAUUUGGAUAUGAGGUGAGACUAAGGAGCAAGAUGAAGAAAGAAGAUAUAACACAAAUGACCAUGAGAGCAAAGAAGCAUCUCUCAGCUUUGGGAUGGAGUUUUCGAUAUAAGAUCCAUAACGGCAAGCAGGAGUUGUACUAUAUAUCACCAGAAGGGAGAUGUUAUAAUUCACUUCGAGCAGCCUGCAAGGAUUCUAGAAAUGAAAGAGCUUCCUGGGGUCCUGCUUCUACAACUACACAUCUUGAAAGGAAAACUCUUAGCAAGACUGUAGAGAUACAGUCGGCCAGCAAGAAAAUAUCUCCUGCUUUAAAUAAAAUGCAGUUGCUGAAGCUUGAAAAUUGUUCUGCUCAGACUUCUUGUAUCUCAAUGUUAAGAAAAGUUGCUAUGCAUCAAAAAUUAAAAGUUGGAGGGACUAGAAAAAUCCAAAAGAAAGGAAAGGAAAAGUCACAUCCUGCAUUUUCCUUAAAUCAACAAAAAGCCAUUUCAGACUAUUACAACUUCCUCUCAGAGAUGAGGAAAGGAAGGAAAACUAGACGUUUGGCCAAAUUAAAAAAUAAUAAAAGAGGUACUUGUCCUACUCGUGUUCUCCGAUCAAGCAAAAGAGUGCAGCAGGUUGUGAUCCCUAAUCCCUCGCAUCAGAAGCCUCGGACUGUCCUGUCUUGGUUGAUAGAUAACAAUGUUGUGUUGCCAAGGGAAAAAGUGCAUUAUUCUACUUCAAAGGGUAGGCAUCCAAUUACAGGUCGCAUAAAUCGUGAUGGGAUCAAGUGCAAUUGUUGUGGGGAGGUUUAUGCUCUAAGUGACUUUGAAUUUCAUGUAAGUGGCAAAUACUGCAGACCAGCUAUCAGCAUCUUUCUGGAAGAUGGAAGGUCUCUAUUAGAUUGCCAGAUGCAAAUAAUGCAUGAUGACAUUCAAAAUUUUGCUGCGGAGCCACCUGAAAGGUUGAAGGACAAUUGUCAUCAAGGUGAGAAUGAUCACAUAUGUUCUGUUUGUCAUUAUGGCGGUGAACUGAUUUUAUGCGAUCAAUGUCCUUCCUCAUUCCAUAAAAGUUGCCUUGGUAUGGAGGAUGUUCCAGAUGGAGAUUGGUUUUGCCCAUCAUGCUGUUGUAAAAUCUGUGGCCAAAACAAAUUGAAAAGAGACACUGUAUUUUCUUUGGAUGAUGAUCUGGUUCUUUGUUGUACUCAAUGCGAGCGUAAAUAUCACAUUGGAUGCCUAAGGAUUAGAAAUGAAGAUAGCUUGGAAUGCUUUCCCAACGAACAUUGGUUUUGCAGCAAAAAGUGUGAAGUGAUUUUCUUGGGCCUCCAUAAGCUUCUAGGAAAACCAAUUCCAGUGGGUUCAAACAAUCUUUCUUGGACACUGUUAAAAUUCAUCCAGUCUGAUAGUCAGAAACAUGAUUCUUCUGAUAUUGAGGCCCUGACUGAGAUCUACAGCAAGCUCAGUAUUGCACUUGAUGUGAUGCACGAGUGUUUUGAGCCUGUUGAAGAACCUCACACCAAGAGAGAUCUUCUUAAAGAUGUUAUAUUUAGUAAGGAGUCAGAACUCAACCGUCUUAACUUUCGAGGAUUCUAUACAGUACUUUUGCAAAAGGAUGAUGAAUUUAUUACAGUGGCUGCUGUGAGGGUCUAUGGAGAGAAGGUGGCUGAAAUACCACUUGUUGGUACUAGAUUUCAGUAUCGUCGGCUUGGAAUGUGUCGCAUUCUAAUGAAUGUGCUGGAAAAGAAACUCAAGGAAUUAGGAGUCCAGAGACUCAUUUUGCCUGCUGUUUCUAGUGUGUUAAACACGUGGACUGGUUCAUUUGGAUUUUCAAAAAUGACAGACUCUGAGAGAUUACAAUUUGUAGAUUACACUUUCUUGGAUUUCCAGGAUACUGUAAUGUGCCACAAGAUAUUAAGAGCCUCUGCCGAAUCACUGCCAUCAAAAGUCCAUCUUGCAGAAGUCCAAUCUAGGCUACAUGAUGAUGCCAGUGGAAGUGGUGAUAAUAUUAAUCUUGAUGGAUCUAGUGUUAUCUCUGCCGUAGUUCAAGCAGACCAAAUUGAGGUUGGAAUUGUCAAACAAGGACAAGUCAAUGUUGCUGGAAGCAAUAGCUGUAGCGGUAGCGAAGGAACAGGGCCUAUUCAUCCAGUGAACCCAGUUGACUUAGAAUGUGAACCGUUUGCUGGUGAAAUCAAUCUAGAGUGCUCAGUUGAGGAUUCCACUUUCAACAAGGAAAACAAAGACAAUAGCAACAGUGCUUCAAACACUUUCAACAUGGAAACAAAAUAUGAUAUUAAUGGGGAUUUGAAGUGCUACAGACGAAGGAGGAUAUCAGCAUGUGGGAAAUGAGUCUUGAUUUUUGGUUGCAUGACUACAAAAUUGAAUAUGACCACAUUCUAAUGUUCCCUUUGGCGAGACACAAAAGAAGUGGCAUCUGCCACGAAUGAGGUGGGUCUAGUCCCUCAAAUUUUGUUUAGCAAGCUAACAAUAAAUUCUUUAGUACAGAAGGUCAAAGCUCAGUUAAACUUCUUUUUUUUUCUCUAAAAGAAAAGAAAAAACAUGGUACAUGAUUUGAAAUGAAGUGACAAAAAAUUUAAAAUUUUGCAACAAA